CUGGUCAGUGUGUGAGCCCCUCGGAGCCGGCCCUAGGUGGGAGCAGGGGAAGCAGUUCUCCUUAUGUGAGAUUUUGAAGGCGUUUGUGUGUGUUAGCGUUGUGAGCGGUAACGGGGCCGGUUCGCUCACUGCCUUGGUUUGGAGCUUCUUCACAAGGCCAGGCUGCUGCUCGGAGCCUCGCUGAGGUGCUCUGGCUGUCCUGACCCAGGGACAGUGCUCUGGCGAGCGCGUCCAGCAUCCCGCAGCAGCCGCUGCUCCAGGGUCAAGCGGCAGUGCGAGGGAGGGAGGGAGUCUGUGUGUGCCUGCGCUGAAGGAUCAGCUAUUUUUAGCGACAGAACGCGGUGAGAGGUUCUAGAGAGCGACUUGGGAAUGUCUCAGCCUUAGGGCCGGACACUGAAGUCAGACAGCAGUGGGUUGCAGAUCUGUGAUAAGCUUGGGCUCCUUGCCUUGUCUCCUUGCAUGGCCUUGUGUAAGCAGGGAGGAUGGAGGACUGCCCUUAAGCCUUUACAGGGCUUUUGUUUGCCUCCCACUGUCCAAGGAGAGAGAGGCUUUACUUUAAUCCACGUCUGAGGAGACGCUGAGGCACGGGGAGCAGGAGCAGGUCUCCUUGAGCAUUUCUGUGUGAGUUUUUCCAGAAGCAGUUGGGUGAACACGUGGAUUGCAGUGAUUUUAGGCUGGCUCAGCCCAGCAUUGGGCAGGGCUCGGUUCUUCCUGGCAGCAUUCCCAGGAGCAGAGUAAAAGCUGUAAAAAGCUGUACUUCCUUCCUCAGCCUAUUUCUGCUGGAAUCUUGUACCUGCGGCUGUGCCUUCCUUCCCCCGUGCUCCUGGGCUCUGCCUGCAGGGAGGGAUCCUUGGAGAGAUUGCUAGAUUCGCAAGUCAGGUUCUGGACAUUUAGCAGGGAAGAUGGGCAGGUGUAAAUUAUGAACAUCAGGCGGAAUUGAAAUUGCUUCAGAGAAAACAAGGAUGUGGUUUUCUGGUAGUGUACUGAAACAGCUCGUGCUUUUCUCUAUGCUUUGAUUGGUGCCAGGCAGGAAAUACUUGAAAAUUGCACCUUGCUCAAGUGCAAAAGCAAGGUUUUAUUGAAGCAGCUUUGGUAAUUUGAGUGAUAAGCCUCCUGGGCUGGGCCUUCGAGGGGAGAAAGUCCAAGGCUGUGGAGCAGAAGAGUCAGAUGUGUCACAUUACCCAAAGAAGUUCAACUUUCUCGUUUCCAAAAAUAUGUAGUAUAUUUUGGCGGUUUCAUCAUACAAGUUCAUCCCACUGGUGCAGCUGCAGUAAGACAAUUAGUGAUGAAAAAUACCAAGACCCUUUUCAACUUGGUAGAAAAGACUUGAAGAAUCUCUAUGAAGAUAUUAAAAAGGAAUUGCUGGUGUCUGCAGCAGAACUUAAGGAAAUGUGUGAUUAUUACUUUGAUGGGAAGGGAAAGGCCUUUCGACCAAUGAUUGUGGUGCUAAUGGCUCGGGCCUGCAACAUUCACCAUAAUAAUUCCAAGGAGGUGCAAGCAAGCCAGCGCUCUGUGGCCAUAAUUGCUGAGAUGAUCCAUACAGCCAGUCUAGUUCAUGAUGAUGUCAUUGAUGAUGCAAAUUCUCGCAGAGGAAAAAGGACACUUAAUCAAAUCUGGGGAGAGAGGAAAGCUGUUCUAGCUGGCGACUUCAUCCUCUCAGCUGCUUCUGUAGCUUUAGCACGAAUUGGAAAUACCACUAUCAUCUCUGUUCUGACUCAGGUGAUUGAAGAUCUGGUGCGUGGUGAAUUCCUCCAGCUGGGUUCCAAGGAAAACGAGAAUGAGAGAUUUGCUCACUACCUCGAGAAGACUUUUAAGAAGACAGCGAGUCUGAUAGCCAACAGUUGUAAAGCAGUUUCAAUUCUAGGCUGCCCUGAUCCCAAAGUUCAUGAGAUUGCAUACCAGUAUGGGAAAAACGUUGGCAUAGCUUUUCAGUUGAUAGAUGAUGUGCUGGAUUUUACAUCGUGUGCUGACCACCUGGGGAAACCAACAGCAGCAGAUCUCAAGCUUGGAUUAGCCACAGGCCCUGUCUUAUUUGCCUGUCGACAGUUUCCAGAAAUGAAUGCUAUGAUAAUGAGGAGAUUCAGUAAGCCAGGAGAUGUUGAGCGUGCAUGGAAGUAUGUGUUGCAGAGUGAUGGUGUGCAGCAAACCACCUACCUCGCCCAGCGCUACUGCCACGCGGCCACGCGCGAGAUCCGCAAGCUGCGCCCGUCCCCCGAGAGAGAGGCCCUGGUGCACCUGACAGAAAUGGUUCUCAUGCGGGACAAGUGAGACAGCUCCUUCCACUCCUUCUGGCAGCUACUUUACCAGACUGUGCCUACAUGUAUUUCAAAAGUUACUUGCUUCCAACAACACAAGCCACCAAAAAUUAUUUUUUUAAAAAAAACCUUCUUUUUGUUUUUUUUGAAGUUUUACUUUACUUUCUUUUUUUUAAACUAAAGUUUAAAAUGUUUUACUGAAGGAAGCCAUGCAAUUCAGAGCAAAUCAAACUGUGCUGUACAAUUGUUUUAGUGGGGGCUAUUGAUUGUGGGGGAUGGGGAAGAUGUUUACAUGUUGAUGCACAAAGGCCACAAUGAAAAUAAAUCAGUGUAUGAAAACUGAAGCUGUUCCAAAUUUCACUUGUUUACACUAAUAAAGAGAGCAUGCAUGUACAGGA